CUCUUGCUGAAAAUCCAAAAAAGUAAUUACUUUCUCUUGCCUUCAAAGAAAACCUAAAUGGCCAAGACGACCUUCUCCAAGCUCACAUCAACCAUUCUCAUUCUUCUCACUUUCCUAGCCCUUCACCUUCCACGGGCCUUACCAGCAGAUACAGAAGAAGAAGCAGCAGCAUCUUACAAUGCAUCAUUAUCUGAUCAUUUCAUAUCAAGAAGCAGGUUCUUGGGAAGCAAAGUUCAGAAAGGAGCUCGUUGUGAUCCCGACAACAACAAUAUCUGUAAUGGCGUUUCUGCAGGGAAGGGCUCUCAGCUUCUGCAAUGCUGCAAGAAGAAGGGUGUCAACAUUCUUGGAGACAUGAACCACUGUGGCAAGUGUGGACACAAGUGCAAGCAAGGCCAACGAUGCUGCGGUGGGGUUUGUACCAACGUUAUGAGCAAUGUUAAUCACUGUGGCAAGUGUAACAAAAAGUGUAAACCUGGGAUUCCAUGUCAGUUUGGUUUUUGUGGGUAUGCUUGAAGUUAAUAUAUAACGAGGGUCUGAUCUGAUCAUGCCCUAUGAAGCUCUGAUAUAUUCCCGUAAGUGUUGGGAUUUGAAAUUGUGUCCGUGUUAUUAAUUUCUCUACCUGAUUAAAAAUGUAAUGUAUUUUUUGAUAUUAUUUAUUAGUCAAU